AUGGAGCCACAAGGAGGAUACAAGAACGGUUCCUUGCAGCCGUCGCUUUACCCCCUAACCGGCUUUGUCCCGGGCAAGUCCAUCCAGCCGCUCGGCCAAAUCGAGCUCCUCAUGACCUUCGGAGAUGCCACUAAUCACCGGACCGAGCUCGUGCGUUUCGACGUGGUGGACAUGGAGGCCUCCUUCAACGCCAUCCUUGGCAGAACGACCUUGAACCGCCUCUGCGCUGCCGUCCACCACAACUUCCUGUGCAUGAAAAUCCCAGGCCCGAAAGGCGUGAUCACGGUCCGUGGUAAGCAAUCCUCCGAUAGGAAGAUGCUAUAUCGCCACGAGACUAAGUGCGCCGAGAAGGGAGAAUAG